AUGGCUCUAACAGCGUUGGAACAGCUGGUUGAAUUGCUCCCUUCCAUCAAGCACCAGAUUCUCUUCGCAGACGCCAACCACUUUCUACCACCACAGCACCACCGAGAUGUUCGCAGGAUCGUCUCUGGACUGGACACCGCAGUCAGCCAAAUAGACGCAGCAGGAUCGCUCUUACGCCAGCUACGAUCUACCGCUGUCAUAUCUCGGCGCAACCACCUCAAGCUCAUUUCGUCGCCUCUGGGUCUGCCGAACGAAACUCUCAGCAACAUCUUCGUACUUGCCCUUCCCUCCCUAGUGCUGAGUGACCCAACGGACGUGAAACCUUACCAGCUCUAUCAGCGCCUUCGUAUGGCCCUCAAUCUAGCUGAUGUAUGCAAACGCUGGCGCGAAGUGGCACUAGCCACCCCUUGGCUCUGGAACCUGAUCCGCAUCGACUGGCCCGCCCAUCACGACCCCGACCGUUCGCGCGAGCUGGUCGCUCGCUCCCGGCCGCUUCCCGUCUACGUUUGCGUAUACGUCAAUCGCUGGGCUCCAAGCUUCAGACCGGCCUGCGAGCAGGGACUACUCGCCCCUUUCCGCGAGUCUUGUCGGAUCGUGGAUGUCGUCGCUUAUGGCGCGGACAGCGACCAGACUCUCGAUAUGGGUUCGCUUUUGAGUACACUCGGCGAUUGGCCGCACCUUGAGCAGCUCGUUCUGCCGAAAUCGUGCGUCUACCUCACGACGGCGCCUCUCUUUGUGAACAAUAUCCGCCGUCUGGAUGUUCAUCUCACCGGCGGAGACGACUGUCGCAUGUUCUUUCGGCUUCGAUGGGCACACCUCGAGUCUCUAACGCUCUUUCUUGGGUCUCAGGCUCAGGUGGACCUCUCAUCGCUCCCAUACAACUUUCCGCGUCUUGAGGAGCUGUUCCUCGAGACGAAAUCGGUGAAGUUCUUUCCCCCUCCUGCCGCUCCCGUGUCACACGCUGGUCUUCGUCUUCUCGGGAUUUGUACUCUCGGGGGCUUUUAUCCCCGCGCCACGGAUAGCGAUGGGAGCGAGACGAUGUUUCUCGAGCAUGUUACGUUGCCGAGGCUCACCACGUUGAUGAUUCCUGUGAGAUUCCGCCAUGAUGUACACAUAAUCGCCAGGUUCCUCGAGCGUUCUGCCUGUCGACUUGCAACCUCUACUAUGCUGGCGACUAGCAAGCAGGAGCCCGAUAGCGACCGCGAGUCCGAGGACGGCUACGAAUCAGAAGACGGCCAUCGUCACGAGUUACUUGAGACGAGUCUUAUCAAGAAGCUUAUUUUGGGCGUAUCUGUCUCCAAGAACAGGCGCUUGUACGGUUUGCCGGAGUACAGGGCGUGUAGAAAGAGAUGGCACGCAAAGUAUACCGCGAACACGCAGCUGUUUCUCGCUCGCUCUCUUUGA